CGGAAAAGGUGGAGCCUCUGAGCUCAAACCCGGAAGCGAGGGAAAGGCUUCCAAGCCUAGAUUAGGAAACUAGGUUUCUGGGAAUCCGAGACCUGGAAGUCCGCCGCGUGCAUCCCGACACCCCUAGCGGGGGAUGCGGUGGUGGAGCGGGACUCGGAGCCGAAUGUAGCAGGGGCGGGGUUCCAGCGCGCUUGCCAGGCUAGCGGGAGGCGGAGCAGCCGGGACGCUGUGGCCUGGAUGUUCGGGCGCUGCGUUCGGACCCGCUGAUCCCCGGCUUCUCUGGGGAACCUAGUGUGGCCAAUGGAAUGUGGACAGUUCAGCGUUUCUGUUAUGAACAAAGAAUGAGUCGGUGUGCCCAGUGUCUCUAUUUGGCCAAAUGAAGAAUAGUGACUCUGUCGAUAUUCAACCAGCAUGCCUUGGACUCUACUGUGGGAAGACCCUAUUAUUUAAAAAUGGCUCAAGUGAAAUCUAUGGAGAAUGUGGGGUAUGCCCAAGAGGACAGAGGACCAAUGCACAGAAGUACUGCCAGCCUUGCACAGAGUCCCCAGAGCUUUACGACUGGCUCUAUCUGGGCUUUAUGGCUAUGCUUCCUCUUGUUCUGCAUUGGUUCUUCAUUGAAUGGUACUCGGGCAAAAAGAGCUCCAGUGCUCUUUUCCAGCACAUCACCGCGCUGUUUGAAUGCACCAUGGCAGCUAUCACCACCUUACUCGUGAGCGAUCCCGUGGGCGUCCUUUACAUCCGUUCAUGCCGUGUUCUGAUGCUUUCUGAUUGGUACACGAUGCUUUACAACCCAAGUCCAGAUUACGUCACCACGGUGCACUGCACUCACGAAGCAGUCUACCCACUGUACACCAUCGUGUUUGUUUAUUACGCGUUCUGCUUGGUGUUAAUGAUGCUUCUGCGGCCUCUCCUGGUGAAGAAGAUUGCAUGCGGACUGGGGAAGUCCGACCGCUUCAAAAGUAUUUACGCAGCUCUUUACUUCUUCCCCAUCCUGACGGUGCUGCAGGCGGUCGGUGGGGGCCUCUUAUAUUAUGCCUUCCCGUACAUCAUAUUAGUGUUAUCUCUGGUUACCCUGGCUGUGUACAUGUCUGCUUCUGAAAUAGAGAACUGCUAUGAUCUCCUGGUCAGGAAGAAAAGGCUCAUCGUUCUCGUCAGCCACUGGCUACUGCACGCCUAUGGCAUAGUCUCCAUCUCCAGAGUGGACAGGCUGGAGCACGACCUACCGCUUUUGGCUUUGGUACCUACGCCAGCUCUGUUUUACUUGUUUACUGCAAAAUUUACCGAACCAUCACGGAUACUCUCAGAAGGGGCCAAUGGACAUUGAAUAUACAAUGCCAAACCAAUAAUAAUAAUAAUAAUAAAAAAUCCCGAAAAGUAUUCUUAAUUAAAAAAAAGUAAAGAAGAAAUAAAAUGUAUUAAUAGCAUUCUUUCAGACAUGGGAAGAAGAUUGUCCAGAUACUAUAAUGCUUGUGCUUUAUCUUUUGGUUUAUCAGACCUUGUGGUUGCCCUUGGAGAUGACAAGGCCUCCUGUUCUGUGCUACACCUAUCUUAGCUAUCACACUGGAAGCCUGAACAGGCAGUUGUAAUUGCUCUUUGGAGCACGGCCAUGUUUGUGUAAACCUGUGCUAAUGGUGUCUCCCUGCUUUUUGUGAAGAACCUUUAACAAGUGUAUUCUGAACUCAUUUGCUGUGGCAUCAUUAUGCCUUCUGUUGUCUGUACACUUGGCUUUUUACCUACGAGGAAUUACAAAGGCAGAUGUGCUUGUGGAGUGUGAUGGCAAAAACAGAAACAAAGGAUGUCUUUGUCAAUGGCUAUUUAUUUUCACCAAUACAGUGUUUAGUAAUAUUACAAAAAUAAAGCAUAAUUUAUAUAA